AUGGCGCUUUUUCAGAGCUUCAAUACGCACUCAUUAAGAUCAACAAGAGGAUUCGUGCUUAAACAGCCAUCACCAUUGUCAAGUCCACAGCACCAACAACAACAACAGCAGCAGCAACAGCCCACGCCGCUACAAACGUCGCUGCCGCAACAAUCCCAGGAUGGAACGCCCUACCAGACAGUAAACAAAGCGCCAAACCAGCAAGUGUCCUCGCAUAAAGAUAUCAGAAACUAUGCAGAGCAAACUUUGGGUUCGGAUAAUGCCUUGAUCCAAGCGGUUAAACUCCCCAAAGACGAAGAUUUGAGUGAAUGGCUUGCUAUCCACGUUGUUGAUUUCUACAACCAAAUCAACAUGCUUUACGGUGCAAUCACGGAGUUCUGCUCACCCUUGACGUGCCCUCGGAUGAUUGCCACUGAAGAAUACGAGUAUUUAUGGCAAGAUUCCAGCCCCACGAAUGACGGCGGUUUGGUUUCGUCGACUUCGCCCAAGAAACCCGUUAGUUUGCCCGCGUGUGAGUAUAUUGAGAACUUGAUGAACUGGGUCCAAAACUUCUUUGACAAUGAUAAUAUCUUUCCUUCCAAGAUUGGUGCGCCUUUCCCCACACAGUUCCCCCUGCUUGUGAGAACUAUUUUCAAACGAAUGUUUCGUAUUUACGCGCACAUCUACUGCCAUCAUUUUCAUGAGAUCAGCGAAUUGGGUUUGCAGAGCCAUUUAAACACCAGUUUGAAGCAUUAUGUUUUGUUGGCCAAUGAGUUCGACUUGAUUAGUAGGAAGGACUACGGGCCAUUGGAAGAUUUGGUCGAUACCAUGCUCAAUCGAUAG